CCUAACCUACACGCGCACAUGGCGCGGCGCGACGACGAGGAAACGAGGAAACCAACCGCGUCUACGUUUCCAUGGAAAUGUCGCAGCCGCGAUGCCGAGGCGCCGACGGCAUCGUCUCGCGGUCUCGCGUCUCGGUCGUGCCACGCCACGCUACGUUACGCCUACGUAAACGCACGCGUCUCUGUCGGCCCCUCGUCACACAGCGUGCGGACGGUGGUCCGGGCGGUCGUUGUGGUCGUUGUGGUCGUUGGCGCGGUCGUCAGCGGGCCAGCAGAAGGAAGGCAUAACUCGCAACACGUCCCACCACCCAGCACCACCGCCCGUAGCAGCAGCGAUGCCAGUGAUCAGAUCACCGUAAAAAAUCAAUAUAGUUCCCCACCCCGACACUCUCCCGACAGGCUGAUCAUGACAGCUCUCUCGGGAUUAAUGGCGGGUUCGCAAUGUUCGCAUGGACGUAGCCAACCAAUAGGAAAUGCACAAUCUUGCUUCAACACUAAAUGCAUAGCAAAAUUGUUGCAAAAGUGAAAUACCAUUGGUUCGAUCCAAAAGUAAGAACCAAUCAUACGUACCUCUUGCUCAGUGGCUGUUGUGACUGUUGUGAGUGUCAUCAUUAUUCGACCACUGUUUAUAACAGAGAGCGGCUUGUGACCAUUGUGACUACGAUAAUUCCACAAUAGAAAACUAAUCAAACCUAUAAUAAUGUAUCAUACGUUUGCAUGAGAGGUUUAG